AUGCCCGAAGAAGGAGACUGCGACGCCCUAAUAAGAUGGUAUUACAAACCGAAAAGGGAUGAGUGCAGAAAGUUCGACGAGGGAGACUGUGAAGGGGACAACGCGUUUUUUAGAACAAAGGCUGAAUGUUUGCACAUAUGUAAAGGUGCAUCGAAUGAACCUGGAAGUACAGCCCAUACAAAGGGAGGUGAAGGAGAGGCGCCUGUGCCAAGCACUUCAGGCCAGGGAACAAACCAGAAACAGGAAAAAGGCGAAGAGGGCAGUGAGAAAAACGGAGGUGCUGUUGCAACGAAACGCCCCGGGAAUAUCACAGGUCAUGGCCCCAAAUAUACUCCACCAAUGUCAACAACAUGGACACGGAAGGGUAUGACCGAGGCUCAGAGAAGAAUUGCCGAGGCGAAGCGCCGACGGGAACAGCUAAGGAAAGAAUUAGAAGCUAAACGGAAGGAACAAACACGCAAACAUCAUAUCCAGGGAAGCUGUGGGUCGAGACCACGAAAGGGAGCAUGUGACGGUGAUACCGAGAAGUGGUGGUUCGACGGAUAUUUCAGAGUAUGCAAGCGGGUCAAACAAGGGGAAUGCACAAACUGGGGAGCAUUCUUUGAGAGCUGCAGAGACUGCAUGAACAGGUGCAAUCGUCGAGAUGUGAACCGCUGCAUAUACUGGGAGUGAACGGACGCUACAAGACAACAUACUUGGGUUCGGUUUUCACUUCGGUUGUGCGCUGCAAAAG